AAGCAAAGGAAAGUAGUUAUGAUAGGAGUAACAACGGCGCAAAUAUAUACUCAUUAGUUAUGCUGGAAAACGACUCCUUAUAACUGAGCCAUGCAGAGCGAAGGAACAUCUCAUGCCGAAUGAAGGGAUAGACAAUCGAGAAAAACUGGUGUAAUUCAUAUUCGAAGGCUUUCAGGGAUUCUUUUUUUUUUACGUGCUCAUGUCUAAGAUGGGUUAUUAUGUGGUGAAAUCCCACAUAUACUUUAUUGUUAUCUAGCCACUAUUUUACGAAAUAUAUCGCAAACAUCGACAAAAGAGACUCUGCUUUUGAAAUUCUGCUCUAUCUCAGGGGUAAGGGUGUGAACCCUGUCACUCACCCUGUCAAGAGGUUUCCCAAGCCCAACGCGCGCCAAGCUAGAACAUAACAGUCCUGUGUUGGCAGAUUUUUUCUUUUAUGUGAGAAUACCAAGUAUUAGUAGUAGUAACGAAAGCGUGCUAUCACAUCAACAUCCGCUUUUAUUCUAGGAUAGCCUAACUUGUGGGAUGGCUUAGUAUGGGGCACGCCUGAAAUACUACAAGCACUUAUUCUAUUGCCCAACAGUAUCGGAAGGAUGAAUUGAGACGGUGGGAUGCUUUCCUUAUACAUACAUACAUUUAAUAACUUCGUGUAUUGCUGGAACCUCUAAUACGCCAUGUAAGGGAUUUGAAGCAUUUUUUUUUCUUGAAUAUACUUAACUCCUUCCUUUAUAAAGGCGGCAAACACGCGCGCUUUGUCCUUUUACAACGUUUCUGCUUUCACACACGUAAAGACUGGGGCACAUGGUUUUUUUUCCCAUAACUAUCAUUUAUGAUUGCUCGUUUCUACAAUACGUGAUAGUUGAGUUCUAUAUGUGCAUGUUCACUCACGGGAUAUUAGGAGUAGUGGUAAUGCAAAUACAUUUCCCACGAUCCAAAAUGAAUUGAAUGGGGUAUGGAGGGCCUCAAGUUUCAGCUUCCUCUUGAUCAUUACUCACACUUAGUAACUGACUUUAAUACAUUUCGCACAAAAGUUUCCUCAUCAGUGUCGAUAAUUAUUUAUCCUAGAUUAAUUAAGAGCGACGCACUGAAUCCUCCACUUAUUAUCCAGUUUUAUUUCGUUCUUUUAUUAAUAUACAACAAAAGGUCAUUUUAUUACCGUUCGACAUGUCUUCUGCUCGCCAGAAUGUCAGGGGAUUUUGCUUUUCUGGGGUUGCCAUUGAUGAAAGAACUAAGUAUAUUGUGAACGUCUGUGGGAACGACGCUUUGGAGAAGCCGUUGGCAAAGAACAUGACCCCUGUUCCUGAGCAAUACCUAGAUGAGAGAGGAAUAGAUAAUUUAAUUAUUCCUAUUUCUGUUAGUGAUCCUUUGAAGCUAUCGGCUUCCGAUUAUGACUAUUGCAUAGAUGUUGUUGUACAUUCGUCUGUAGUGAGUCGAUGCCGUAAAGAGCAUCCCUUGUUUGAGCACUUUAUUUCUAGGCUUAUUGAGCUCUCCGUUGAAUGGAUCCAGAAGGAAUGUGGUGCUGUCGUGCAGCUGAAAACUUGCAAACCUAGAGAUCUGAAUUUGUUUAUCCCUAAGGGGACUUCAACUGGAGCUCCAGAUCCUCUCAUCGAGCUCAAACGCGCUGCGGAGGCUUUAUCUAUUGCAAGCCAAAAGAUGGCAUCAUCAGAAGACAAUGAAAAUAUUCCAAUACCUGACAGCUUGCAUUGCGGAGCAACCUCCAAGGGUACCAAAGGGAGUUCCCCACUUAUACAGGAGGUGAUUUCCAAUAAGGGCGUGCAGAAAGGAUUCCUGCUGCAACCGAAAGGACGAUUAUAUGGUGAAGGAGGAUCAUCUGAGGGGGAAGGAAAGGUGUAUGAUCAGUUAAGCCACAUUCCGGAGUCGUUGCGGAAGCGAUGUAAAGUUGUUAAUGCAAGUGAGUUGAGCUCGAGUAUUGCGAAUGUCACUCCAGCAGCACCUGCACCUCGUCCUUCACCCCGUCAUAUCGAUCCACUUAGCAAACCAGCACGGGAAUGGAAGCUAUUAUCUUUAGAUCAUGCGGAAAAUCACGUUACCGUACGGUUAAAGCCCUCCGACGCGAUCCUGCGAUUGGCGGAGGUCGAUCUGUCUGUGACCAAACAAGCCAUCGACGUGGAUUCUUACCAUGUUGAUUUACCGUGCAUGGUUGAUAUGGAUAACGUCAAAGCGAAAUACAUAAAAUCAUCCAAUGUAUUGUUAUUAACUUGUAGUGUUCUAAAAAACUCUGCAUGA